AUGUAUAAAUUUACCAAGACGGCGCCAACCGAGACGUCAGUGUAGAUCGCUCGCAAUGUUGCGUCAUCGCUUUUCUUGGGUACCUAUCUAUCUACCUCGGCAUGUAUGUAUGCACUGCAUGUGUGCCAUGUGUGUGUGUGUGUGUGUGUGUGUGUGUGUAUGUAUGGUCAAUCGAGGACCCUGAACCAUUCUACAGGUUUAUGUCGUACAUCGUUAGAUAUCUGGAUAUCGGGAUAUGUAUCACCAAACGAGGGGCAGCGACAGGGAUUUGGACCCUUUCAUACUGUUCCCUUGUUGUUCCCAUGUGCUCCUUUAGAUAGGUACGAUGUUGUAUUUACUAUGUAUCUAGGAAUUAAAAUGCAAAUCGCUAGCGGAGGAUUGCCCGAGCUAGGGCUAGUAUUUUAAACCACGCGCUGAUGCCGCCCACUUGCAACAUACCUAACUAACCUAACGGUCCUAACUAGCAUAUUUUGUACAAAGCUUA